AUGGGAGCAGGCGUGGACAACGCGGCCGUUUACGAUGCCGCCUUGAAGAGACGCCAGGGCAUGAUGGGUGCCUCAGGUCCCAUGGCUCUAGUCAAGAACUUCAAAGUAUUCAGGAUCGCCCUCUUCGCUUGUAUCGGUGGCGUGCUAUACGGGUACAACCAGGGGAUGUUCUCCGGCCUCCUAGCAAUGCCCGCUUUCCAAUCUCACAUGGGCGAAUACGAUCCCUUCGAUCCUACCGCCGACCAGACGAAGAAAGGCUGGCUGACAGCUAUCCUCGAACUGGGAGCUUGGAUCGGGACCCUCAUGUCGGGCUUCAUUGCCGAGACCAUAUCCCGCAAAUACGGCGUGCUCGUCGCCGUCUCGGUUUUCGUGCUGGGCGUUAUCGUCCAAGCUACUGCGCAGACCACCGGACACAAUGGGAUCCUAGCAGGUAGAUUUGUGACUGGCAUGGGCGUCGGCUCGCUCGCGGCAAUUGUCCCGAUUUACAAUUCCGAAGUAGCACCACCCGAGGUCCGCGGCGCUCUGGUCGCCUUGCAGCAACUCGCCAUCACGUUCGGCAUCUUGAUCAGCUUCUGGAUCGACUAUGGCACAAAUUACAUCGGUGGCACGACGCUUGGAAAACAGAAGGAUGCCGCGUGGUUGGUGCCGAUCUGUCUGCAGCUUUUCCCAGCUGCUGUUCUGUUUUUCGGGAUGCUUUUCAUGCCAUUCUCCCCACGUUGGCUCGUCCACCACGACCGCGAAGCAGAAGCACGGAAUGUCCUAGCUAAUCUUCGCGGACUUACUGUCGACAACGAAUUGGUCGAACUCGAGUUCCUUGAGAUCAAAGCGCAGUCACAGUUCGAGAAGCGAACCGUUGCCGAACAUUUCCCUCAUCUCCGCGAGCCAACAGCCUGGAACAUAUUCAAGCUACAAUUCGUCGCCAUCAAGUCUCUUUUCCAAACUAAAGCAAUGUUCAGGCGCGUUGUCGUCGCAACAGUGACCAUGUUCUUCCAGCAGUGGACAGGCAUAAACGCAGUGCUAUACUAUGCCCCUAGUAUUUUCAUGUCGCUCGGCUUAAGCGACAACACAACCAGCCUACUAGCCACAGGCGUCGUAGGCAUUCUCCUGUUCGUCUUCACUAUCCCGGCAGUCCUGUGGAUCGACCGCGUCGGCCGGAAGCCCGUCCUCACGGUCGGCGCCAUCGGAAUGGCGACUUGCCACAUCAUCAUCUCAGUUAUCAUCGCCAAGGACGCGGACCGAUGGGCGUCGGAGACGGCUGCUGGCUGGGCCGCUGUUGCCUUUGUGUGGAUCUUCGUCAUCAACUUUGGUUACUCGUGGGGUCCCUGCGCGUGGAUUAUCAUCGCUGAGAUUUGGCCGCUCAGCUCACGGCCUUACGGCGUCACGCUUGGCGCGUCGUCGAAUUGGGCGAACAAUUUCAUUGUCGGACAAGUCACCCCUGAACUGCUGAAUAAGGCUGGUUAUGGCACUUAUAUCUUGUUUGGUCUACUGACUUACUUGGGCGCCGGGUUCAUUUGGUUCUUUAUCCCUGAAACCAAGAGACUCACACUAGAAGAAAUGGAUGUCAUCUUCGGUUCAGAAGGUACAGCUCAAGCCGACUUCGAGCGCAUGGAAGAGAUCAACCGUGAGAUUGGGCUUACGGCAAUGCUUAUGGGGCUGAACGGCAGCGACAGUAAACACGAUGGCGGCUCUGAGAAGAAAUCGAAGGAAGAGGAAGCAGGCCAUAUUAAUUAAGGAUACCCGGGAUAUCCUUAAUGGUUGUUUGUUAGCUUUGCAGAUCGUUACUACGGGUUCUU